GUAGGAACCCCAAACCAAGUUCUCGCUGAAUCGAAGAGCCAUUUGAAUCUCCUCCUCCCUUUUUUUUUUUUUUUUUCCCCUUUUUUUUGGAUCACGUCCCGCUUUCCUAAGUGAGAAAAGUUGAUUGAAAAAAAAAACAGAAAAGAAAAGAAGUGGUGAUAUGGUUUGGCGAUCGGCAUAUUCUGGAGUGAUGUUAGGCCGAUUGGGAUCCCGGCUUGUGCGGCGGCAAAGUCGCCAAGGCUCGUCUCCGUUUGCGCGGAGAUUUACCGACAGUUGCGCCGAUGCGGAUGCUUCCGCUGCUUCUUUUCUUCCAGCGGCGGGGUCGUGGGCGGCGGCGGCAUCUCCUGCCACCUCCUCCUUGCGCAGUUGCACAUUCUCGCGCAUCUCUCGUUCCUUCUCCUCCUCCUCCUCCUCCUCCUCCUCGUCUUGCUGGUCUUCUCUCUCUUCGUUUUUGUUGACGUCAUCGCCGCCGACAUCCUUGCUCCAAGGCCGAUCGGCAUCGCUGUCCUCGUCCUACAGGUCAUCGUUGACGUCAUCCAUAACUGUGCGGCGUUUGCUGUCAUCAGCGGCGAGUUCGCCGGCGGCGGCAUAUGCGGCGACGGCGGCGGCGGCGGUGCCAUCCAGGUGCGGCGGAGGUGGGACACGAGCGGGAGCGACCUGGGCGGCACGUCAGCAGGUAGUGUCGCGCGUUUGGGCGAGAAGAAAAUGCGGGAAUGGGAGGAGCAGAGGGAGCGCGUCGCGACGGGUGCGCGGCAGCCCUGGCCCGCCAUUGCGCGCCGCAGUCAAUCUUCCAACUGCUGUCAUGACCUUCAAGGGAGUGAGAGAGGGGAUCGGUUAUGCCACACGCGAUGGGCGACAAGCUGUGCGGCAGACGUGUCCCGGCCCGAUCUUGCAGUCUUCCCUGCGGCUCGUGCGACGUUCAUCAGGAGGGGCACAAACGACUUGCCGUGCAAGGAACGGCGUGCGUGCUGUGCGCACUCUGCGACCGCCGGCGCACGACCAGGUACGCAGGUGCGCAACCCAACCCAUGGCUAGGUCUCUGGCGAUGGCGAUGACGAAACCUAUCAAGCCGAUGAUGAUGAUGAUGAGGACGACGAUGAUGGAGCGAGGAGGAGAGGUGGUGGGUAGCGAAAGAGCCAAGGCCGUCGUGAAGGUUUUCUCAGGGUGGAGGUUUUCCGGAUGGGACAGGUGGUCAUCAUCGCGGGACAGCUGGAGGCGAAGUGCGAGAUACGGUUCUGGGGGCAACCUUUCUCUCCGUUUCUCAAGGGGUGGUGGAGAUGAUCAGAGAAUGGUCUGGAUGCUGAUUGGAGCUAAUGCUGCGAUCUUUCUGAUCUGGCAACUUGGUAUUGACAGACGAUGGCUAUCUCGACAUUUGCAGGUUUCUGCUGAGUCAGUGGCGAACGGAAGAUUUUACACGACUCUGACAUGUGCCUUCAGCCAUGCAGAUCUAUGGCACAUGGUGGCCAACAUGUCUGGGCUCUACUUCUUUGGAUCAGAGAUUGCACAGACCUAUGGAGGCCAUUUUUUGUUGAAGCUCUACAUAACUGGUGGAAUUGCGGCAUCCCUGGCACAUGUGGCAUAUCAUGUAUACUACGUCCCAUGGAUGAAUCACGCCGCCAACCGGAUCUUUCAUGACUACUUGGACAAGCUUGUCAUCGUGUACCUCGAUGACAUACUGAUCUUUAGUAGGACUGUCGAGGAGCAUGUUGGCCAUCUAGACAAAGUCCUUAGUCUCCUUUGGCAGCACAAGUUUCAGAUUAACCGGGAAAAGUGCGAGUUUGGCCGCACCCGGAUCUUGUAUUUGGGUCAUGAGAUUUCCGCAAAGGGAUUGAGGCCCGAUGACGCGAAGGUGGCCAGCAUUCGUGACUGGCUGCGUCCUCAGUCUGUGACUGAGAUGAAGUCCUUCUUAGGGAUAACCGUCUACUACCGUAACUUUGUAAAGAACUAUAGCAUAGUGGCCGCCCCUUUGAUGGACCUGACACGCCUUGGCACCCCUUGGGACUGGACAAAUAGGUGUGAGGCUGCUUUCAAAUCCUUAACACACCAUGAGGUCCUGAAACCUCCUGAUCUUGACAAGCCAUUUAUAGUAACCAUGGAUGCCAGCCAAUAUGGCAUUGGUGCCGUGCUUGCGCAGCAGGAGGGGCCAAAGUUGAGACCGGUCGAGUACAUGUCCAAAAAGAUACCGUCCCAGAAGUUGGCUAAGUCCACCUAUGAGAAGGAGCUCUAUGCGAUCUAUAAGGCGCUAACCCACUGGAGGCACUACCUCCUUGGGAGGUUCUUCUACGUCAGGACUGAUCAUCAGACCCUAAAGCGGAUGAGAACCCAGCCGGUGCUCUCCGAUGUGCUAAAACGCUGGAUUGAAGUCGUUAAGCAGUAUGACUUCGGACCCCAGUACAUCAAAGGAGAGUAUAACAAAGUUACUGAUGCGCUGAUCACUGAGUUUGGGCUUGCGGAUGAUGUUACUCGAUCCCUGGUGGAAGCCUGUCACAAGGAUCCGUUUAUGUCAGAGAUCAUACGCAGGCUCGAAGCGAAGGACAAAGUUACUUCUGACGAGUUUGUACUGGUCAAUGGCCUGCUGUUCCUUGAGAAGGCCGGGAAUGAACGUUUGUGUGUGCCUAGUCGGGAGUCUUUGCAUAGUUUAUUUUUAGGGGAGUGUCAUGAUGCCACCGGACAUUUUGGUUAUAAGAAGACUGCAGCCAACCUGCUGCAGCAGUUCUGGUGGCCCACAAUGAUGAGAGAUGCCAAGCUGUACGUGGAGACUUGUCAGCUGCACAUGACUUCUGGGAAACACCCAGAGGCAAAGAGGCAAGCAGAGCAGCUGAACCGCGCUGUACAACACCUGCUGAGGCACUAUAUCAACCCUAAUCUGGUGGACUGGGAUGAGAAACUUGCUCUCAUCGCCAGCCUGUACAACAACGCUGUGCACAGCGCAACAGGGGUAAGCCCUAACAGUCUGCUACUGACCUUGAAGCCUAGACUGCCCCUAGACUUUCUACUACCUGAGAACCAGCCAACUGCUGCACCUGGCACCUUAGAAUUCGCUUAUCGAUAUGAACAUCUGAUGCAGCAAGCUGUAGAACACAUGCAUAAAGCGCAGGCGGCAAUGAUAGAGUCUGAGAACAAGCAUCGCCGCCCAUCUACAUUCCAGGUAGGGGAUAGAGUCUGGGUCAAAGCCUCUGAACUGGGGCAGGAGCAUGGGAUCUCCCGCAAGCUCAUGCCGCAGUACUUGGGGCCAUGUCGGGGAUAUGUAAUUCAGAUCCCUGGUUUCGGGCCAUGGGAGGUUCUAGAUGUUGUCGGGGAUGAUCUGUACAGGCCAUCAUAUGUAAUUCAGAUCCCUGGUCACCUCCGCACCUACCCUGUUUUUCACGCCUCCACGCUCACACCUUUCAAGGAAACUGAUCAUUUUCCCUCUCGCCGCUCAAUGCUGCCCCCAACCAUGGACGGAGAGGUCGACAUCGACGACAUCGUGGACCACAGAGAAAUGCCAGUUCCAAGACCAACAGGCAGGGGACGUCCUCCUAAGGCGAAGCUGCAAUAUCGCGUUCGGGUCAGACAUCACACUGAGGACAAAUGGUUUACCCGGGAGGAACUGAUGCAGACCGCCCCACAGCCUGUCGCUCACUAUGAGAAGUCACUGCAGAAAGGAAAGCGCCAGAUUGAGGUGCUCUCUUCAUUUUGCAAGACCUCUACGGCACGGCAAACGCACGGUCACAUAUUUCACACGCGGGGCACCUCGGCGGUGCAGCAGUCGGAGCGCUAGCGUGGGCAAGAAUCCGGAGAGGGAGGUUCUACCGGUAGCUUAUGUGGAAAAAGCACAGAUGACAUCAUCAGAAUGGUAAGAAUGCGGCGAGAAUGACGACCCAGUCGCGUAGUGUCCUGCAGCAGCCGGCUCUUCUCACACACAACACAAGAACUCCUAAAGAGUGCAGGCCCCUGCAGGCCGAGCGGCUCUUCUCACAAAACACUAUUAUUAGUACACUUGGUGGUGCCCCUGAAAAGUCCACUUCCGACAACAAAGCAGCGAUCCUGAAAAGGUUCACGUCGAAGUCCUCCACUGCUCAAAAUUGAAUUACAGCUAGUGGUCGGUCCAGGUUCACAGCUGUGCAGGAGGCCCAACGGGGGUUCAGGGGAAUGCCAGUGUAGAUUCACAACUGCAGGAGGUCCAGUGCUGGUCCAGUUUUGGUCCAGUUUUGGUCCAGUGCUGAUCCAGCAUUGGGCCAGGGCAGUUUCAGUGUGGACAGGUCCAGCGUAGCGUCACAACUGCAGGAGGUCCAGUGUUGAUCCGGUGGUGGUCCAGUCUUGGUCCAGUUUUGGUCCAGUUUUGGUCCAGGGCAGUUUCAGUGUGGACAGGUCCACCAUAGCAUCACAACUGCAGGAGGUGCAGCGUUGAUCCGGUGGUGGUCCAGUGUUGGUCAAGUAUUGGUCCACUGUGUGUUCCUGUUUUGGUCCAAUGCUGAUCCAGCAUUGGCCCAGGGCAGUUUCAGUGUGGACAGGUCCGGCGUAGGUUAGGUUCCGAGGUGGUGGAUGUCCGGUGUUCCAGUUUUGGUCCAGUGCUGAUCCAGCGUCGGCCCAGGGUAGUUUCAGUGUGGACAGGUCCAGUGUAGGUUAGGUUCACAGUUGCUUGAUGUCCUGUGUAGGUUAAGUCUUCACCCAGUGCUGGUCCAGUGUGGGACCAGGGUAGGUCCAGUGCAGACUCCCAGCUGCGGAAAGUUUAGGGUAGGUCGGCAAGGCACAUUCUGGUGCGACACCCAUCCCUCGAUUACUUCUGGCUUUUGCCAGUUUUGUUUAGGGUAAGAGGUUAUCCCAAAGAUAGUCUCUCUGUAGGCUAGAAAUCGGAAGACAUGAUGAUGAUGAUGAUGAUGAUGAUGAUGAUGGAUGUGGAAAUUUGUUUCGGUUAUUUCCAUCAAGAAACUUUGAAUCAGAGAGAGAUGAGACACCAAUGGCCGACAACAUUCUUCGGGUUGAUGAGGAUGCUCAUAGCCAUUUUUUUAAUGUAACGGCCGGGUUUCGAAUGCAAGUGCGAAGCUGUCCAACCAGCAGGUCUGCACGCAGGCAUCAAUGUACUGCCGUCUCCCCCCGAGCAUAACGCAUCCAGGUAAUAAAUGUAUACAAGCCAUCUUUCAUGUCUGGUACAGCCGUAAUCAGGGCUCGUUGCGUUCGGCGGAAGAUGGUAGUAGUACGGCGUCGCGGUGAUUGCAAGGCCACUCACUGUUCAAGUAUUAUCGCACCACCACCGGAAAGAUAUUGCUCUCGCGAUGAUGUGAUGUUCUCUCUUGUCAUUCCAUCAUGUGCUGCCACUAUUGCAUGUGGAAUUUCCAGCUUCUGGUCCAGGUUCACAGCUGCAGGUCCAAUGGAGGUCCAGGUUCACAGCUGCAGGCCCAAUGGAAUUUCCAGCUUGUGGUUCUCAGGUUCACAGCUGCAGGCCCGAUGGAGGUCCAGAUUCACAGCUGCAGCCCCAAUUGAGGUCCAGGUUCACAGCUGCAGGUCCAAUGGAGGUCCAGGUUCACAGCUGCAGGCCCAAAUGGAGGGUUCAGGGUAGUUUGCCGGUGCUCGAUUGAUGUGGUCUUGCAGCUUGAGAACUCACUUAUCUUUUUUCCUCAGAUAGUCAAUAGCAUUUUGUCCCUCUUUUUUUCUUUCCUUUUUUUUUUUGUUUCUUUGUUGGUGACUUGUGGCCGCCGCUUCAUUUGUUAAUCAUGCAAUCAAGCACAGUUAACCUC